GACAAUUCAUUCCUCCAUAAACCUAAGGGCUAGGGUAUGCACCCCGCUUAAUCCUUCUCUCUCUCCUUCUCUCUCGCCCCUCGAUCUCUCGCGCUCUCUCCCUCCUCCCUCCUCCCUCGGACCCGCACGCGAUCGCUCUCCCUCUCUCUCUCUCUCGUUCUCUCUCUCGAUCUCUUCUUCGUCUCCAAUGGCGCCGGCGGCGGCGGCGGCGGCGAACUUCGGGGGACGAACGAGCGUGCGCGUGGCGGUGGUGGGCGAAGCGGGCACGGGCAAGUCGAGCCUCAUCGUGACGGUGGCGACCGAGUCCUUCCCCGAGAACGUCCCCCGCGUCAUGCCCCCCACCCGCCUCGCCGCCGACUACUUCCCCGAUCGCGUCCCCAUCACCAUCGUCGACACCUCCUCCAGUCCGGAGAACAAGGCGAAGCUGAUCGCGGAGUGCCGCGCCGCCGACGCCAUCGUGCUGACCUACGCGUGCGACCGCCCCUCCACGCUCGACCGCCUUAGCACCUACUGGCUCCCCGAGCUCCGCCGCCUCGAGGUGAAAGUGCCCGUGAUCGUGGUUGGUUGUAAGCUGGAUCUGAGGGACGAGCAGCAGGUCAGCCUUGAGCAGGUGAUGUCGCCGAUCAUGCAGCAGUUUCGGGAGAUCGAGACCUGCAUCGAGUGCUCCGCUCUCAGGCAGAUUCAGGUUCCUGAGGUGUUUUAUUAUGCUCAAAAGGCGGUGCUUCAUCCAACCGCUCCUCUCUUUGAUCAAGAGACUCAAUCACUGAAGCCUCGGUGUGUGAGGGCUCUGAAACGGAUAUUCAUUCUCUGUGACCACGAUAGAGAUGGUGCUCUCAGUGAUGCGGAGUUAAACGAUUUUCAGGUUAAGUGUUUCAAUGCUCCUCUCCAGCCAUCUGAAAUCACAGGUGUAAAGAGGGUCGUGCAAGAGAAGAUGCCAGAAGGAGUGAACGAGCACGGGCUCACAUUGACUGGGUUCCUCUUCCUGCAUGCUCUUUUUAUAGAAAAGGGCCGUUUAGAGACAACGUGGACAGUUUUAAGGAAAUUUGGAUAUGAUAAUGAUAUUAAGCUCAGAGACGAUCUCCUUCCAACAACAUUCAAACGAGCUCCUGACCAAUCUGUGGAACUGACAAAUGAUGCCGUGGAAUUCUUGAAAGGGUUGUUCUUCAUAUUCGAUAUUGACAAUGAUGGGGCUCUAAGACCUGCUGAAGUUGAAGAUCUUUUUUCAACUGCUCCUGAAAGUCCUUGGUCAGCUGAAAGCCUCUAUAAAGAUGCUGCUGAAAAGAACGUAUUGGGUGGGUUGUCGCCCGAAGGAUUUCUCUCUGAGUGGGCGCUCAUGACUCUCCUAGACCCAGUAGCUAGUCUAGCUAACCUGAUUUACAUUGGCUAUCCUGGUGAUGCAACUUCAGCUUUUCAAAUCACGAGAAAAAGGCGUGUGGAUCGCAAAAAGCAACAGUCCCAAAGAAAUGUUUUCCAGUGCUUUGUUUUUGGCCCAAAAAAUGCUGGGAAGUCUUCGUUGUUAAAUUCAUUGAUUGGAAGGACAUUUGUUGAGAGGUAUACCCCAACUACUGGUGCGCGAUACGCAGCAAACAUCGUUGACAUGUCAGGAGGGGGUAAGAAGACACUUGUAAUGAGAGAGGUGCCUGAAGAUGAAGUCAGGCCUAUGUUGUCUAAUAAGGAGUCAUUAGCAGCUUGUGACAUUGCAGUAUUUGUUUAUGAUAGUUCUGAUGAAAAUUCGUGGAAGAGAGCAAAAGAGUUGCUUGUUCAAGUUGCCAGUCACGGGGAGAAUAGUGGCUUUGAAGUCCCUUGUCUUAUUGUUUCUGCUAAGGACGAUCUCGAUCCUUAUCCUUUGGCCAUACAGGAGUCAACUAGGGUAAGUCAGGAUAUGGGGAUAGAAACUCCCAUUCCGGUCAGCAUGAGGUUAAGAGAUCUGAAUAAUGUAUUCCAAAGGAUAGUUAAUGCUGCUCAACAUCCGCAUCUGAGCAUUCCAGAAACUGAAGCUGGAAAGAACCGCAAGCAGUAUCGCCGUCUCGUAAACCGAUCCCUCAUGUUUGUUUCAGUUGGAGCUGCCGUUGCGGUCGUUGGAAUUGCUGCUUACCGGGUUUAUGCUGCAAGAAAGAAUACCUCCGGAUAAAAAAAAAAGGAAAAAGAAAAUCUUUGGUUGCAACUCUAAAGAGGUUUUUAAGCACAUGGUCCUUGGACCUUUCUUUUUUCGACCGUAGUGCUUUUUCUCUUUCUUUUUAAGUUGUACAGAUCCACUAGCAGCAGCUUCUGUCAAAGUCUGUUUAGUAUCUAAUGGUUAUGAUGUUAUUUUAAUUUUUCUUCUCGAAGUGCUUCGAUGGAAAGGUAGUAAUUUUGAGUGGUGCAUUGGAGCAGCCGUUUGGUGUUCUUUAUAUUUGCGAAUAGCUGUUCUUACUUCCUGAGGCCUUUAUUAGCCUGGUGAAGACAAUAUAUGAUAUUUUAUAUAGCUGAUUUGUUUUACUCGAA